AAUCGCUUAGCAUCCAAUACACACUUGUCAUUCUCCCAAAUGCGUGAUCUCCUUCGACUCUUCUCCUUCCAUAAAUACAUAAUCAUUCUUCCCCAAAUUCACUUUCACCAAUCAUGGAAUCCCCCGCCACCGCCGCCGCUGCACCAUGUUCGUCUAACACAAAGGAAGAGAUCAUUCACCACACUCAGAACGCUAAAACCUAUAGAGGAAUCAGGAUGAGGAAGUGGGGAAAGUGGGUCGCUGAGAUUCGUGAACCCAACAAACGUUCACGUAUCUGGCUUGGUUCUUACUCUUCUCCCGUCGCCGCCGCUCGUGCCUACGACACCGCCGUGUUUUACCUCCGUGGCCCUACAGCUCGUCUCAACUUCCCUGAUUCAAUCGGAGACGACGGUGAUUUACAUGAUCUAUCUUCCGCCUCCAUCCGGAAGAAGGCGACGGAGGUCGGAGCUAAGGUGGACGCUCUCCAGAACCAAAACGGAGGAAUCAAUCAUCACCACAACCACCAAUCGCCGUCGUCGGAAAGACAUUCGGGUCGGGUAUGUUUAAACACGGACUUAAACGAGUACCCGAGUCCAGAAUCUUCCGAUGAAAAUUAACGGCGAGAUAACGACGAAGAUUAUUUGUUUAUAUGUGGAUUGACGGCGUUAAUUUCGGAGGGUCAGACUCGUCUUUUUCUUUUUUAAAUAUAAUUUGGUGGGUGUAGGCGUGUAGCUUAUCUUGGACGGAGAGAUCAAAAAUCCGAAGGGAUUUUAAAUGCUUCCUCAUCUGGAAAUAUUGUUUUUAUUUUCUUUUUAAUUAAGUAAAAAAAGAAAAUUCAGAAAAUAAUACUAUGCACUUGUUUGCUCUAA